GCCCACUGUAGGUUAAAAUUGACCUGUUUUGACAUUUUUUCAAAAUUAGAACAAAACUUAUUUGGAAGUUUGGAAAUAUUUGGAGUUGGGACACCCUCAGUGUUCAAGCAUUCCGAGAAAAUGAUAUUGUUCAAGAUGGAUGAUAUUACCUUGACGAAUCAGUUUUCUGGCUGCCUUGAGAUAUUCGCGAAAUUCAACAGCAUCAAAGCAGAAAAUUUUAAAUACAUAAAAACCCAGUUCUACAGGAAAGUAAUAAAAAGCCAUACGUUCGAUGCGUCUGAUGUAUCAAGUGAACACCACAAGUAUCAAACCGUUUCCAUUCCCAAAUCCUAUUGUAAUACGCCCAGGUUCCAACAAAAAGGAAUCAUUUUCAUUUGGCCUCAGAAAAGAAAAUUUUUCAGAUAUAAAGAAUUAAUUUACGUGGCGUGGUUUACGUCACAUUUGCUAUAUUGGUUGUACAUUGUGAAUAUUUUGCCCAGUGGAGGUGUUCUUCCACUCGAACAGCCCCCUUGGAAUUUUGAAAUUCUUCUAAGGAAGCCGGAAAACCGCGAUUACAUAAUAGAACCUGAUUGGGAUUUAAUAUAA